AUGACGCUUCCUUCGCGGCGCCAGCGCAGCACCCCUUUUCUCCAGAGGAAUAUCUUACAAGGCAUGGGUAAUACCCAGUCGUCGGCUCAGAAAGCCGCUGCCUCUAGAGUUGUUCCCAAUGGCCACGGCGACGGCCGCCCGGCCAAGCGCCGAUGCUUCGACGCCGAGCACCAGCUCCAAGAUCAGAUAUUUCAAGCUCGAGACGUCGGCGACCUGCAGCGCAAUCUACGCGUCCAAGUCAACAGGAUCUUUCACAGGGCCUCCAAGAGGGUCUCUGCCGUCCCUUCUGAUGAUGUCGUGAACCUCAAAGCACGAUGCAAGGUUUCGCUUUCCCAUGUAACCAAGGCCGGCGACGUCUUGUUGUACUGUAACAGCCAACUCUGCGAUAUCAGAUCCUUCAAGGAUCCCGGCGGUCCAUACCGCGUAGCACGCAUCGGCCUGCCGCGCCCCUUCUACAUCCCUGAGGACAGCAUGCGAAUCAACCGCGACGAUGACGGCUCCUUCGACCUCGCCGAUUCUUAUCGCCUCUGUGUUGAGAUGGAAGCCGCUGGCCCGACCUACUGGCCGCCCAUCACCAUCAACUCUUCCGGCGACGAGUAUGGUUCUUCCAGGCAGUCAGAUACCAUACAUUGGGUACUCACUGCAGCAUCGUCCGACUUGUUCUCGAGGCGGCGGGCGUUGCUGAACCUCAAAGUCAAGAAGACUCCGCAAUCCCUCGCACCGACAGAUCACGUUAUUGACGUCGACGCUUCGUGGGCCACUGCCUUUGAGGCAGGUCAAAUUCGCGCCGUCGAGGCAGGUGUCGAGCCCUCCAUCACUGUGUCUGGGACCCUUGUGCCGCAAGACCCUCUGGUCAACAAUGGCGUUAUCGAGCCGCUGUACGAGAGUCCCCCCGGAACUCCAGUUAGGGCUCUCAGAAACGGCCUUGUCAACGGAGAAGCUCAUGCCGACGAGGACGCCGAGGAAGAACUGACCCCGAACCGGUCGCUUCGAGUACGCGGCACCACCAAGAACUAUAACCUAAAAGUACUCAGUGAUAAGGCCCAAGGAAGGAAUAAGAAACGCAAGAAACCUGGCACCGCAAACCCUGUCGAGGAAGGCAGCGUUACUUACUACCUACCGAGUGAGAAGGUAUGCCUGGAUUCCUUCCGUUGCAUCACGUGUGGCAUGCCGCAUAGCUCUCUUCCCCAGCUCCAAGCGCAUUUGAUAAGCCUGCACGACGAGUAUGAGUACCGGCCGCAGUCCCGCGUGAAAGCGGCAGAGUUUGAGGUUGCCCAUCGCUACGAGACAUAUUCAUUCGGCCCUGAGCCGUUUGUUUUACGCCGGCCCACGAAGGCAUUCGAUUUGGACCAGUUUGCGGAAGGAAACUUGUCAUACGUGACUUCACGUUUCGGGACUGAAGAUAAGAGCACGCCGGGAGCUCAGCCACAGGGGCGGGCCAGUAAACAGCCGCCCACUAAGCCCGCGCAGACACGUUCAAAACUACUUAUUCCGGAUAUUGGGCAACCGUUGUAUGACCCAAUCACGCGGGCUGAGUUACAACCGGGCACUGAGUACAGAAAGCCUGAACCAAGUGACGAAUGGCUCAUCCAAUGGCACCGAGACGCCCUGGCAGACUUCUCAGAUGUCCCGCCCGACGAGAGGGAGUACAUGCAGGAAUGGGACAAGUUUAUGCUUACGAAGCGCAUUACGUCGAAUAUCUACUUCCCUCCUGCCUGGCUGAGUUUCGUCAAAGUUAAGUCAGACUGGCUACUGUCCUCGACUUCUCGCAUGCUGGAGUUUGGAAAGCAUCUCACGUACCUCUUGGCUAGGGGCAGCCUCGAUCAUGAUACUGUCGAAGAGGCUCUUAAGCAUAUUUCCGCUUGCAGGGCAGAGCUGGGCAUGGAAAACGGCCGAUAUGCGGCACCGGCACCCAACGGGUCGCCACAAGGACCGCACAUUCGGAAGAGCGCUGCUGGGUGCCAGGUCUGCGGACUGGCCGUCCUUGGACCGAGGUUGCUCUUGUGUUCCAACACGAGCUGCGCCAAGCGUCUCUAUCACUCGGACUGCAUCAGCGAGAACGCGAAGAUGGACGUCGAAGAGCCAGAUUGGGUGUGCAACCAGUGCUUCAACAUACCAGCCGUAGAACGGACCUAG